AUGGCCAGCCCCAACCCCCUCAACGUGUACAAGGGACAAGACUCGAUUCAGAAGUACUUCGAUCCGGAAUCAGCACCGCCGCUACCGCUUGUUGAGAUUCCAGAUUCGCUUAAUCCGUAUCGUCAAGAUGGAGUGCGUAUAUACGCUAAGAUGAUGACUAUGCAUCCUGCGAACAAUGUCAAAGCGAUGCCGGCCCUGAACCUUCUUCAAAAUUGUGUCGUACCAGGAAAGACAAAGGCAGUCGUUGAGUACAGCUCUGGAUCGACUGUCCUGUCCAUGUCCUUGAUUUCACGAGCUAUUCAUGGUGUCGAUGACGUUCGAGCGUUCUUGAGUAACAAGACAAGCUCAACUAAGCUGAGGCUCAUGCAGUUCUUUGGCAUUGACAUUACGCUAUUUGGUGGCCCAUCCCAACCAGAGCCUCUCGACGAACGCGGUGGUAUCAGAGCAGCCCAGAGACUUGCGCAAGAGUCAGAUGCAACUAUCAUCAACCCGAACCAAUAUGAGAACGAUCUUAACUGGAAUGCCCAUGUCAAAUGGACGGGCCCGCAGAUCUAUAAGCAGUUACCAGAAAUCAACGUCAUCUGUGCUGGCAUGGGAACCUCCGGUACAAUGACUGGACUUGGAACAUACUUCAAAGAUGCAAAGCCUACAGUAUAUCGGCUUGGUGUUUGCACAGCACCCGGUGACCGAGUCCCUGGCCCUCGAUCCUUCGCUCUUAUGGCCCCCGUCCAGUUCCCCUGGAAGCGGGCAGUCGAUCACAUCGAAGAAGUCGACUCGCACAACUCUUUCUCCCUGUCGUUGGAUCUCUGUCGAAACGGUAUCGUCUGUGGACCCUCCUCAGGUUUCAACCUCAAGGGUCUGUAUCAGCUUAUAGAAAAGCGCAAGGCUGAAGGUACUCUGUCAGAACUGGCUGGACCAGAUGGAAAUAUUAACUGUGUGUUCUUGUGCUGUGACCUGCCUUACCAGUACAUCAACGAGUACUUUGACAAGCUUGGAGAGAGCUAUUUCCCCUCUAUCAAGAAUGAGGACCUGCUGGCGGUUGACUUGUAUCGAUAUGAUGAGAAGUGGGAGAGAUCAGCAUCCGAGGCUCUCGACGCAUUCUUCGAUGUCGACCGAGGAGCGCUUCUCGACAUGGUUCUUGCCGACCCCAAGAUUGGAUCUGCCAACGCCGUCGACUUACAGAGCAUCUUAAGGUCUAAGCAGGACACUACGAUAAUCGAUAUACGCCAGCCUGAUGAUUUCAGCAUGUUCCAUCUACCAGGCGCUGUCAAUAUGCCUUUCGUCCAAAGCGGUACUCCAAGCCCAUUCUCCAAUGCCAAGCUGCUGGAAUCGCUAUGGAAGAACCUCGAAGGGGCUUUCAAGACUCCCGGAGCAGAGCUACAGUCUCUUCUCAACGGAAGAAGUGUUCUUCUCACAUGCUACGAUGGCGAUAGUGCUCGAGUUGCAACUAGUGUCCUGAGAGCCAAGGGAUACGAGGCAGAUAGUAUCAGAGGUGGAUUCCAAGCGCUGAGUAAAAUGAGACAAAGCUCAAAUCAAACGCCAGUGGCUGGAUCUCGGGAAUCGUCGCCCUGGGUGGAUUUGAGUCAGGAGGCACUGAGUAUCGGGGCAUCACAAUCUACUCGCGUUUCGCUAUAG